AUGUCAACGGAUAUUUUACCAGCAACCGAUGUGGUUGCUAAUAAUGAUUUAAAUCCUACAAUAACACCAACAGCAGCACCAACAUCUAUAACGAAUAAUGAUCUAACAGAAGCAUCAACAUCAAAUGGUCUUUUACAUUCAAAUGGAACAAAUAUAAAUAGCGUUACAUCAUCCGAACCACUAACGGAAGGACAAGUUGAAUCGACAAAGAAUAAUACAUAUAAUGAUAAUGGGCAAUCAACAUCUAAUAAAAAUGAUUUAGAACCUGAGGCUCUUCGAAAAGUUUUUAUUGGAGGUUUAUCCUAUAAAACAGAUGAUCAAACUUUUCGUGAUUAUUUUUCGAAAUAUGGAGAAAUAGAUGAUUGUGUUAUAAUGCGUGAUCGUGAUAACCGUUCUCGAGGUUUUGGUUUUGUUACUUAUUUAUCAUCAUCUAUGGUUGAUGCAUUAAUGGCUGCUCGUCCACAUGUACUUGAUUCACGUGAAAUCGAACCAAAACGUGCUAUACCUAGAGAAGAAAGUGGUAAACCAGAAUCAGCAUUAAGUGCAAAAAAAUUGUUUGUUGGAGGAAUUCGUGAAGGCACUAUCAAUGAAGAUGAUCUAAAAGAAUAUUUUUCGAAAUAUGGUAAUAUUGUUCAGACUGUUAUUAUGAAAACAAAUGAAGGAAAAUUUCGUGGUUUUGGAUUUGUUGAAUUUGAUGAUUAUGAUCCGGUAGAUAAAAUAGUACUUGAAAAACAUCAUGUUGUUAAAGGAAAUCCAGUUAAUGUUGAAAAAGCUUUACCGAAAGAUCAGACCAACCGUGGUCGAAUGGCACAACAACAUUAUGGUGGUGGAGGAGCAGGUGGUGGUGGCGGCGGUAUGCGUGGACCACCAUCAAGAAUGAGCGGCGGUGGUGGUGGCGGUGGCAGCGGCGGAUGGGGACCUAUGGGUGGUGGACCAAAUUUUGGCGGUGGCGGUGGAGGAAAUGGUGGUUAUCGAUCAGGUGGUGGUGGCGGUGGCGGUUAUGGAGGUGGUGGAGAUUAUAAUCGACCCACACCAUAUGGUGGCGGUGGUGGUUAUGGUGGUGAUAUGCGAGGAGGUGGCGGCGGCGGUGGCGGCGGUGGUAUGAUGGGUUUUGGAGGAUCAGCACCUAUGGGUGGUGAUAACUACGGAAUAGGUGGUUCAGGUCAAGGUGGUUACGAUGAUGGUUUUGGCGCUUUUGGCCAACCAUCCGGUUUUGGUUUUGGUCAAAAUUAUGGUUCAUCUUCGGGCGGUGGUCCUAUGCGACGUGGAGGUGGUGGUGGCCGCGGAGGAGGUGCACCUUACGGUCGAGGUGGUGGUGGUGGUCGUGGUGGAUUUCGUGGUCGCAAUCAACAAUAA